ACAAAACAAAACAUUUUCCGAUUGAUUUCUCGCGAAAAUUGAAUAAAAAUCAGUCAAAACAAGCAUGAAGAAGGUCUUAAUGGUAGCGGAAAAGCCGAUGCUGGCAAAUAGCAUAGCGGAAAUUCUCAGCAAUGGCAAAAAAACAACGAGAAAAGCGGUCUCAAAUGUUCACGAAUGGCAGGGAACCUUUUUCAACGAGCCGGUAAAGUUCAAAAUGACUUCCGUGUUUGGGCAUGUCAUGAGUUUGGAUUUUGUUGGACAUUAUAAUGCAUGGGACAAAGUUGAUCCUUAUGAAUUGUUUUCGUGUCCCACGGAGAAGAAAGAGACAAAUCCAAAGACUCGCAUGGUGUCAUUUUUAGCGAACGAAGCCAAAUUUUGCGAUUAUUUGGUCUUAUGGCUCGAUUUGGAUUUGGAAGGCGAAAAUAUCUGUUUUGAAGUGAUGGAUGCCGUGCAACGAUCCAUAAAUGGCGUUUUCACGAAUACCAAACGGGUCGUUUAUCGUGCCCGCUUUUCCGCAAUCACAGAAAAGGACAUAAAAUAUGCCAUGAAUAACCUCUCGCACCCCAAUGAGAACGAAUCUCGCAGCGUUGAUGCACGUCAAGAGCUGGAUCUCAGAAUUGGAUGUGCUUUUACGCGAUUUCAGACGAAAUUUUUCCAAGGAAAGUACGGAGACUUGGAUGCAUCGCUCAUUUCUUAUGGGCCGUGUCAAACGCCGACUUUGGGAUUUUGUGUGCAGCGACACGACGAGAUUCAAACGUUCAAGGCGGAAAGUUAUUGGUACAUCCAAGCGAUUGUUGGGAGUCCCGAACUGAAGUUAAGUUGGAGUCGGUGUCGCGUUUUCGACAAAGAUGUCGCAAUGAUGUUCCUUGGAUCAAUUAAAGAUGUUAAAGAGGCGCGAAUUGUCAAAGUCAGUUCCAAAAAUCAUCAAAAAAGUCGCCCUUGCGCUCUAAAUACGGUAGAAUUACUCAAAGCAUGUAGUGCGGGUCUCGGUUUGAGUCCUCAUCAAGCGAUGCAAAUUGCCGAAAAGCUCUAUACUCAAGGGUACGUCAGUUAUCCGCGUACCGAGACAACCGCAUAUCCCGAAAAUUACGAUUUACGUUCGGUUGUGAGGACUUUGGGCAACGUUUCGGACUACAAAGAUCUCUCUCACAAGGUUUUAGGGAACUUUUAUGCCCCCAAGAGUGGCACAGACAAAGGCGAUCAUCCUCCUUUAACUCCAACAGCAGCUGCGAAUCGAGAGACCCUCGAUUCCGACAGUUGGAAAGUUUAUGACUAUAUUUCGCGUCAUUUUCUCGCCACGGUGUCUCGAGACAUGGUUUAUCGUGUCACAACGUACGAUUUUAAGAUUGGCGACGAGCAUUUCACGACAACGUCGAAUCAGCUGAUCGAUCCGGGCUUCACGGAGAUCAUGACAUGGCAGGCUUUUAGUAAAACGGAGCUCGCACAAGAGCUGAAAGAAGGCGAUAUGAUCAAAAUUAACGAAAUAAAGUUGCAAGAAGGACAAACAGAGCCCCCAGAAUAUUUGUCAGAGUCGGAAUUAAUUACGUUGAUGGAAAAACACGGAAUUGGCACAGAUGCGUCGAUUCCCGUGCACAUCAACAACAUUUGUCAACGAAAUUACGUGACAAUUGCCGGCAAACGGAAAUUAAUUCCCUCAACUUUGGGUAUCGUGCUCGUGCAUGGAUAUCAAAAAAUCGAUCCGGAACUCGUUUUGCCCACGAUGCGAGCUUCAGUCGAAAAACAACUCAAUUUAAUCGCGACGGGAGCUGCAACUUUCAAUUCUGUGCUCCAACAUGCGCUCAAUCUCUUCAAACUCAAAUACAAAUAUUUCGUUUGUGCGAUCAGCAGUAUGGAUUCGCUCUUUGAAGUCUCCUUCACGCCACUUGCUGCGAGCGGAAAAGCAUAUUCGCGUUGCGGAAAAUGCCGGCGUUACAUGAAAUACAUUCAAACGAAACCGGCGCGACUUUAUUGCACGCAAUGCGAUGAAACGUAUUCGUUGCCACGCGGCGGCUUAGUUCGCGUUUACAAAGAACUGAAAUGCCCCUUGGAUGAUUUCGAGCUGAUUGCGUGGUCAGGAGGAGCAAAGGCGAAGAGUUAUUCGUUGUGUCCGUAUUGCUAUAAUUAUCCGCCGUUCGAGGAUAUGCCAAAGAUGUCGGGUUGUAAUAAUUGUCGGCAUCCAAAUUGUCCGCAUUCGCUGGAUUCGUUGGGCGUUUCGAACUGCGAUGAGUGCUCGCGAGGCGUUUUGGUGCUCGAUUGCACGAGUUCGCCGAAAAAUUGGAAGUUGGGAUGCAACAUGUGUGACGUCAUCAUCAAUUGUUUCGAUGAUGCUAUCAAAGUCACUGUGGAAAAUACCGUUUGCGAUCAAUGUGAAGCCCAGCAAGUCGCCGUUGUCUACAAACCCGAAAAAACGCCCUUCAAAGAUGAAAUCACGGAAAAAACGGGAUGCAUUUUCUGCUUGCCGGAAUUCCAACCGCUCAUCGAGAAGCACAAAGCCGUACAAAAUCGUCAAUUAUUCAUGAACAACAGAAAGGGACGUGGAGGCGCCGUGCGUGGCAGAGGAAGAGGAUAUCGCGGCAAAGCAAAAGUCAUCAAAGAUAAAAUGGCGAAGCUCGAUGCGUAUUUUGUCUAAUUGUCUCUCGUUCUUUCAUAUCAUCACAGAGACGCGAAAAUGUAUUAAAAAAUAAAAAUUACUUAACGGAAAGUAAAGAAAAUCACAAUUUUUUUGUCAUUCAAA